ACCAGAGAUAAAUUUCUUAGGAGUGGAGUGGUCCACGAUGUUGACAAAAAAUUUUAAGCACAAAAUCUAACAGAAAUCACGAAGUUCUAAACCAGCUCCUUCCGAUUAUUUUUGGAUUUUCCAAACACACCAAGAAUUUGGAGAGAGGGAGAGUAUUAUUAUAUAUUUUAUUUCUUGGGUUAAAGGGAGAGAGUAUUAUUUAAAACACAUUUAUUUUACUUCCAAAAUUUACUCUUUCUCUUCUCAGUUCUCACCCCCUAAAUACUCGAUCCAUUUCCCUAUCUACGGAAUUCUAAAUCCGCGGGAUUUUCCUUUUUCCUUUUUCCCUUUUCAAUUUCUCUUCACUGUCACUCGCUCAUUCACCAAACUAUAUAUCUCCGGUUUGUUUCAUUUUCUGAUCAGUGAUCGCCUAAAUCGAACGGCUCCGAUUGGCCGACCGUUCCCAGACUUGAAAACAAGAAAUCUAUGUGCGGUGGCGAUAACUGGAUUUUCCGGUGUUCUCGCAGUCGCUGGAUGUGUAUAAUCGAACGGUGGAGAACAUAAAUGCGUGAUAUCGGGUAUAUAUUAGGGUUUCAGAGCCUAUUUCUGGUUUUCAUCGCGGCGAUCGGGUUUCUAAUCAGGCGAAAAUGGCGGCUCUCGGUGGCCAGAAAAGCCGAGAUCAAGCGGCUUUUGGUGCUCGCAGCAGAAGAAGCCGCUAGAGUCGAGCUCGAAGCCACGACUGGCUACGGCUACAACUACAGUUACAGCUACAGCCACAGCCCAGCCGAAUCAGUCGCCGCGCCGGCGCCGGCAGCUCCGAUUUCCACGAAUUAUCAGUGCGCCGUUUGUUAUUCUCCGACUACUACUCGGUGUGCUCGAUGCAAGGCCGUUAGAUACUGUUCCGGGAAAUGCCAGAUAGCACACUGGCGACAAGGUCACAAGGAUGAAUGUCGUCCUCCUAGUGUUGCUGAUCAUGAUGGAAUCGAUGGCGGUGGUCUUGAGAGUGAAGGCGGGCAGCAUGCGAAUCCAAUCAAAACAUUUCCUGAGGAACCUGCUCUGUACGAUUCUGGGUGCUCUGGCGAAUCUCCAUCUGAGAAGGUUGAUGGUGUUAAAGUGGAGUUUGUUCGAGAUGGUAAAGGGACUGAUUCUUUUUCCGAAGCAUCUGGUGACUCGUUUUCUGGAUUUUCUGGUUCCACCACCAGUGGUGAAGUAUCUGAUGAUGCUUCUGUGGGUGAAAGUUCGAAUGAGUCGGGGGGAUCGGAUGUAAAUGUGUCUGUUGAUAAUCCCCUCAAUGUGCUUGAGACUACUAGUGUUGACAACAUGAACCAAGUCAAGAAGUUAUCUCCAAAGUUUGCUAGUUUAGUCGAUUCUGCAGGUGUUCCUAGUAAAUCAAGUAAACUAGAUAAGAUCAAACCUGAUCGUAGUGAAGGAGAGAGUCAGAGUGUGUCAACUAGUAGUUCAGGUUUGGGGAAUAGUCGCUCACAAGGGGGUUCAAAUGCUGAAAAUUGUGCUGUGUCUUCUGAUUUUUGGAGUAGAACUCUUGAAUCCAUUGGGUCAACAAGUGAUUCCCCAGAUAAUACUGCUCUGUCAAAUUCUGAUGGAUCCAGCAAGAGUAAAUUAUCCGAUUCUGGAACUGCCUUACAUUUUUCAUUCAAUUUUUCUGAAAGCACUUCUCCUUUGCAUUCACAAGGUGCUGAGAUAAAAGGCACUGUAUCAGAUGAUGCUCUUAAAGGUGCUUCGAGGAUUCCUAAGCAUGUUGACAGAGCAGCUUUAUCAGAAAACAUUAGUGUUCAUUCUCCAAAGGGCCAGAACUCUGUAUCCUUGAACAGUGAAGGGUCUAGUUGUACAGAUAAUGGCACUAGCAGUGAUUCACAUUCGUUGAAGUCCAGAGAAGUUAAGUCUAUGUCAUCAUCCUCUUCGUAUGUUCAUCGAUCUCCAAGUAAUUCAAGAGAUUCAAUGCGUACAAGUGAUGCAAAUGCCAGUAACAUGCCAUCCUCAAUCUCUGCAAGGUCAAAGCAUGUUGUUAAUGACCUUGUCAGUAAUUCACACCCUUUGAAGUCUAGAGAAGUUGGAUCUUUUUCAUCUAGUGCUUUUGAUGCGCGUUUAGCUUCUUGUUCUGAAGGGCAUUCAGUUCCGGUUAAAUAUGGAAAGGUUGAUGGUGUUCAGGCUAGUGCUUCUAUACCCUCCCAGGUUACAAAUUCUUCUUCAAAUUCUAGGAGUGGCUUGAAAUCAUCUGUGCAGAAGGUAGUUCAUCAGUUCAGAGGAUCUAAAUUGUCGAAGCACUAUCCAUUAAGGGAUGAAUGUGAGGUUACUAAGAGAUACUCUGACAAGGAGCUCUUUCCAUAUAAAUUGUUUGUCAAGCUCUAUCAUUGCAACAAGGUGGAGUUGAGCCCUUGUGGCCUUUUUAAUUGUGGAAACAGCUGUUAUGCUAAUGCAGUGCUCCAGUGCUUAGCUUUCACUCCUCCUUUGCAUGCUUAUUUUCUGCAAGGGCUUCAUUCGAAAGCAUGUGCAAAGAAAGAAUGGUGUUUCACCUGUGAGUUGGAAAGUUUAGUAUUGAAGGCAAAAGAAGGGAGCUCUCCACUAUCUCCUAUUAAGAUACUUUCACAACUACAAAAUAUUGGAAGUCAGCUUGGUAAUGGGAGAGAAGAGGAUGCACAUGAGUUUCUACGGUAUGCUAUUGAUACAAUGCAAUCUGUCUGCCUUAAGGAAGCUGGGUUAAAGGCAUCAGGCUCUUCAGAAGAAGAAACUACUUUAAUGGGCCUUACAUUUGGAGGCUACCUCCGUUCGAAGAUUAAAUGUACAAAGUGCCAAGGCAAGUCUGAGCGCCACGAAAGGAUGAUGGACCUUACUGUUGAGAUUGAAGGAGAUAUAGGAACCCUGGAAGAGGCCCUUAAACAAUUUACGGCUACUGAGACUUUGGAUGGUGAAAACAAGUACCAUUGUAGCAGAUGUAAAUCUUAUGAGAGGGCCAAGAAGAAACUGACAAUAAUGGAGGCUCCAAAUGUUCUUACAAUAGCACUAAAGCGAUUUCAGUCAGGUAAAUUUGGGAAACUCAAUAAGCCAAUUCGGUUUCCAGAGAUCCUGGACUUGGCACCAUUUUGUAGUGGAACCAGUGAUACGUCACCUAUAUAUAGGCUUUAUGGAGUGGUGGUACACUUGGACAUCAUGAAUGCGUCUUUUUCGGGUCAUUAUGUGUGCUAUGUUAAGAACAGCCAAAAUAAGUGGUUCAAGAUUGAUGACAGCUCUGUAACUGCUGUUGAACUUGAAAGGGUCUUGACAAAAGGGGCAUACCUGCUGCUAUAUGCCAGGUGCUCACCAAGGGCCCCACGGUUGAUAAGGAAGAGAAUAUUAUCUUCAGAUGCCAAAAUUAAAGUCAUACCAUCCUGGUUCAAUGGGAAGAAUACAUCCAUACCAAGGUCCCUGCCCACACAUCCAAGUGUUGCCCCAAAUUUUUCUGGUUCAAAUUCUCGAGAUGGUUCCACCAGCUUUGUAUCUUUCUACACAAGGUACUGCCAGUUACAAAGGAUUCUAGAAGAGGACUCAUCAAGUGACAAUUCAUCCCUCCUCAGCCACAACUCUGAUGAAGGUUCCUGCAGCACUGAUAGCACCCGCGAUUCUGCCAGCACUGAUGACUUUCCUGACUGCAUAUUUGGUGAUUCAGGACAUGGUUGGAACAGCCCUUUAAGGAACCCUUCUGACUCUGAUACGUGUUCUUCCUCUUCCUCUUCCUGUUCUUCACCCUUGUGCUCGAAGCAUUCGCCCAAUUCUUAUUCAGAGCGGAAUGCUUCAGGUUUCCCUGAAACAAGUGGUUCUCAAACUGAUUGUGCAAAUUCAGCAAUGGAAGGUAAUGGUUUUCGGGACAGACCACCCAGUGGUAGUAGCAGGCUGGUGGAUUUGGGAGGCCAGAAAGGUGUUACUUUUUUGCAUUCUGACUCGGCUAGACAUUGUAGAAAGUUAGUGAAUAGUAGUAGUUGUAGGCAGACUGACUCAGAGAGAUUAGGAUUAAAUGCCUGCCACGAUGUACAGUCUGGCAUAUCUUUUAGAAAAUCGGCAAGUGAACGAAGAGAUUAGACGUUCAGUUAUAAUACAUCAAGUUAAUGAGUGGAAGUAAGAGUUUAGAGGGGGUUCUGCAUGUAAUAUACGCCUAUAGCUGGCUCUUUAUAAUGAUCAGCCAUGGCCAUUUUUUGUUACGCAGUAUCCCUCAUCAAACUAGUCGGUGGUUGGCUCAAAGGGAUGGAUCACCAAGCUAAUUUGAAGCUUGAUGCUGUUCUUGGUUGAGGCCAAACCUGAAUGGCUGUUCUAGUGGAAUGUUCUAGUCCCAGUUGACCACCAUCGUCUUAAAUAUGUUUAUCAUGUACCAAACAGGGGUAAAACAGCCUUCUAUUUUUGGUCGUAAAUAAUAAUAUAUACCACUUGAAAGUUUA